AUGCAGUGUAUAGGAGAUAUCAGUGAAGAGGUUUGGCAGGACUGCAUCACCCUCUUCCUGCAGACUGGGAUGUGUUGUGAUGCAGCAAUCAUCACCAAUUCCCCUCCAUGGCUAUUAGCUUCUUAUCCUGAAGGAAAAUUGCUUCAGAUGACCCAGGAAGAAAUUCAGAUCUUGCUGGCAAGGGAUGGAAGAGAGAAGUUGUUUCUUCAGGGAAUCAUCCUUGCAGGGACCAAAUGCUUGCUAAUCCGGGACAACCUGUACACUGAGGGCAACAACACCAUGGACCUCCGCACCAAAGGUCAGAGUCGGGGCAGCCAGGCAGUGACAGUGGUUCAAAUUGAGUCUGUAUACGUUGUGGUGAUGGGGGAAAAGGGAACAGAAGGAGGACCUCUCAACCUCAAAGCUUUUGAGAUAGCAGGUUACAUCAGAGAAGCCAUUCAUCAACACAUGGUCCAUAUCUAA